AAAAGAAGUUGAAUUUAUAUAUAUAUAUUUCUACCCCGCCACUAUCUCUCUCUCUUUCUCUACCGUCUCUUCUUUUCCUCCUCCUCUGGAUUCCAAAGCAAAACUUACCUAACUGCUGCUCUACGAUCAGGAAAAGGAGGUCAGGAAAACAAUGUUGGGUGCAAUUAAACAAAAAGUUGGUUCUACAUCCCUCAGUUCUUCGAUUAUAGGACAAUAUUUGCAGAGGUUUCGACCUUCGGCUUCUUCAGCGAGGAGUUAUGCUGCAGCUGCCAAACAGAUGACAGUGAGAGAUGCUCUGAAUUCUGCUCUUGUUGAGGAAAUGUCUGCUGAUCCAAAAGUCUUUUUGAUGGGUGAAGAGGUUGGCGAAUACCAGGGGGCGUAUAAGAUUUCCAAAGGGCUUCUGGAGAAGUUUGGUCCUGACAGGGUUCUUGAUACUCCAAUUACGGAGGCUGGAUUUGCUGGAAUUGGAGUUGGUGCCGCUUAUUAUGGUCUAAAGCCUGUUGUCGAGUUUAUGACAUUUAACUUCUCGAUGCAGGCAAUUGAUCACAUCAUCAACUCUGCUGCAAAAUCAAACUACAUGUCUGCUGGUCAGAUAAAUGUGCCAAUUGUUUUUAGAGGACCGAACGGUGCUGCUGCUGGGGUUGGUGCCCAACACUCACAGUGCUAUGCAGCAUGGUUUGGUUCCUGCCCUGGUUUGAAAGUCUUGACCCCAUACUCAUCUGAAGAUGCUCGUGGUCUUCUUAAAGCUGCUAUCAGGGAUCCUGAUCCCGUUGUAUUCCUCGAAAACGAAAUGCUAUAUGGUGAAUCUUUUCCUAUUUCAGAAGAAGCGCUUGAUUCCAAUUUCACCCUUCCAAUAGGAAAAGCCAAGAUUGAGCGAGAAGGAAAACAUGUGACAAUUACAGCUUUCUCAAAGAUGGUUGGCUAUGCUCUCCAGGCUGCAGAGAUUCUUUCAAAGGAAGGAAUAAGUGCUGAGGUUAUAAAUCUGCGUUCAAUUAGACCACUAGACAGAGCUACCAUUAACGCUUCUGUUAGAAAAACUAACAGACUUGUGACAGUUGAAGAAGGCUUACCUCAGCAUGGUGUUGGCGCAGAGAUCUGUAUGUCGGUCGUUGAGGAGAGCUUUGCAUAUCUUGAUGCACCUGUAGAAAGGAUUGCUGGAGCUGAUGUUCCCAUGCCUUAUGCAGCUACACUUGAGAGAAUUGCUGUUCCACAGGUUGAAGAUAUUGUACGUGCAGCGAAGAGGGCAUGUUACAGAUCAGUCCCAUUGGCAGCAGCAGCUUAAGCGUUGUGGGUGCUGGGAUGAUUUUUUUCAUUUUGCUAAUUGUGUUAUAGUGAUAUGUCUAUCUUUUUCAACCCUCAGCCUCCAACUGCUCAUUUUGCAAGAAAUAAUAAAUAAGAAAAAAAAAAUAGAAAAAAGAGUUGGACAAAUACCCAUUAAAACUAAAAGCAUGUUUAGGGGGAAAUCUUGUCUCAUUCUUUUGGACGGGUUGGGAGAACUACGUGAUACAUGAGAGAGCACUUAGUACAAUGUGGUGAAGGAAGAUUUUAAGGUCUGAAAGACUGAAACCCUUCUGCCUCACCUUUUAAUGAAACCAACUUAUUCUUUUUGUAUAAAAUGCUUUGAAAUUGUUGAUCAUGGUAUCCCUCAUUGUUUUGUUUA